AUGGUCGCAUCCACCAUUUUUCAUAGACAAGAGUGUGACAAGGAUCCUUCUAGAUACCUCUUCUAUAUGUGGUGCCUUAUUCAGACGGAGGUGGAGCUGAAGGUCAUUCAUGAGCCUACCUUUGUGACACAUCAAAUACCUAGGCAUGUAGAGCUUGAUUUUCCGGAGCCUACUCUUGGUGAUGUGAUGUAUCAUCUUGUUGUUACAUGGGAGGAGCAUCGUUGGAUUACGGCUUCGCUUAUCAGGGUGAUGUGUCUUCUGGGGAUAGACCAUACAGCCUUUGCUAGUGCGGAUCCCUUUGUACCACCUCCUCCUCAGCCAUGGAGCACUAGUUACAAUGGUACUGGUCCUUCAGGCACUCAUCCUCGAGACACUGAUGAAGAUGACAACGAUGAUGAUGACGAUGACGAGACCGAGACGGAGUUGAAGGGAGGUGAGAGAAGAUUUGUGAGUUUUAUUUUUGUAUUCUGA